GCUAAAGGAUGAGGGCCCCCUUCCCGACAACCAUAACCCCGACCCAAACCCGAAUAGGCUGGGUAGGCAUAGGCGUGAUGGGCUCCGCCAUGGCCUCCCGCCUCCUCUCUGCCGGCUACUCCGUCACUGUCUAUGCCCGAACCCCGUCAAAGGCCGCCCCUCUCCAAUCCAAAGGGGCCCAUCUGGCUCCCUCCGUCGCCGACCUCGCCCGUGCAAGUGAUGUCGUCUUCACGAUGCUGGGACACCCAUCAGAUGUUCGACAAAUUGUGCUAGAGAACCUUGUCCCUUCUCUCAAUCCCAACAGCGUUAUUAUUGAUCACACUAGCAGCCACCCCACCCUGGCUAAGCAGAUUUAUGAUUCUGCCCUUGAAAGACACUGCCACUCCGUUGACGCCCCAGUUUCCGGAGGCGACAUCGGAGCGAGAGAUGGCAAACUGGCGAUAUUAGCCGGGGGAGACGAGGAUGUUGUGAAGUGGUUAAAACCACUGUUUGAUGAAAUGGGGAGGGUGACUUAUGUUGGCGGCCCUGGGAAGGGACAGCAUUGUAAAAUAGCGAAUCAGAUAACCACUGGGGCGAAUUUACUUGGGCUGAGUGAAGGGCUGGUUUUCGCGGAGAAAGCCGGUUUGGACAAAUUGAAGUUUGUGGAGGCUGUGAGAGGCGGUGCAGCUGGAUCAAUGGUGAUGGAGUUGUUCGGGGACAGGAUGAUCAAGAAGGACUUCAAGCCUGGUGGGUUCGCGGAAUAUAUGGUGAAGGACUUGGGAAUGGGAGUGGAUGUUGGGGAAGAGGAAAGGGAUGAAGUGAUGGUAUUGCCUGGUGCUGCAUUGACUAAACAAUUGUUUGCUUCUAUGGUGGCUAAUGGGGGUGGGAAGCUGGGCACCCAGGGGCUAAUAUCUGUCAUUGAGAAGAUAAAUGGCAGUUAAGAUAACAAAGUGAAAUCAUAGCUUCAAGCAAAUAUCAAGUUGAGGUUCUGUUUUCCUGGAUAGCACACCAGCUAAGCUUGAAAUCAGCUUUUAAGUUCCUGUCUUCGAUCAUAUAUGAUCAAGUACUUGCUUUUGCAUCGAUCAUAUAUGAUCAAGUACUUGCUUUUGCAUUUGUAAUUUAGUUGCAUUCUUUAUAUUAUUCGUGAUGCAGAAUUCUUGGUAUAAAGAAUUGGUGGAUCUUAAUUAGACGAAUAAGGCCGACUUAGUAUUGGUAAUAAACCAAGGCUGUGACUUUUA